CCUCUGUGCCGCGUGGUUCGUAGCGCCACGCCGUGGAUUCACCCCCAGAGGUCACCGCUGCGAGAUUUACGACUGGGCAACAAAGAACACGUGACUCGACGCGGCACCCAUAUUUGGCAGAGCCCGUCCAAACUAGCAACCAGCAUGGUCCUCGAUAUUCCCAUAAUUCAUACACCGUUCGGGGUGCAGUGCGAAACGGGCUUCAGGAGGCACCGAUAGCCACAAAUCAAGCCCGAACGCAAAAAAAAAAACAACAAACAAAACAAAUGAGCUCGUACUUUGUGAACUCUUUCGCGGCGCGCUAUCAGAAUGGCCCCGACUACCAGGUGCCCGGCUACGGGAAUGCGGGCGCAGUGAGCGACUCGUACAGGGAGUCGGCCGCGAUGCAUUCGCCCAGGUACGCGUACGGUUACAGUGGGGUCGAUCUCAGCUUGAGACGCUCCUCCGUCGAGCACUGCGGCGGCGGCGGCGGCCCGGAGACCUCUCGCAGCUUCCCGCAAGCCAACAGCUCGCGCCUGGAGCAUUCCUUGGGCGUGCCGCACGCUGCCGAGCCGCCCGCCUGCUCCGCUCUUUGCCCGUCUCCCAGCGCGCCCGGCACCAACGCCACUAAGCGCAACGGCGCUAUCAGCAGCAGCGACGGGGCCAAGGCGGAGGCGGGGUUGGCCAGCCCGCAGUACGCGACGAGCCAAGGCGCCGAGCAGGAGGGCUCUUCGCCGGCAAUGCAUGCCGAGGAAGAGGGCCAGGCGGGCGGAACGGCCGGCGCUCAGGCCGGUCAGCAGCAGCAGCAACAGCAGCAGCAGCAGCCGCAGCAGCAGCAGCAGCCUCCGCCGCCGCCGUCGUCGCAAGCAAGCGGGAAGCAGUCUCAAGCGGCGCAGUCUCAGAACUCGCAGGCGCAGCAGCAGCAGCCGCAGAUCUACCCGUGGAUGAGGAAACUCCACCUCAACCACGACGGCAUGAGCGGACCGGAGGGCAAGCGUUCGCGCACCGCCUACACGCGCUACCAGACGCUCGAGUUGGAGAAGGAGUUCCACUUCAACCGCUACCUCACCCGCCGGCGCCGUAUAGAGAUCGCGCACGCGCUCUGCCUCACCGAGCGCCAGAUCAAGAUCUGGUUCCAGAACCGGCGCAUGAAGUGGAAGAAGGACAACAAACUCAAGAGCCUGAGCAUGGCUAACCAAGCCGGCGCCUACCACGGCUAAAGUCACAUCUCUGCCCCCCCUCACCCCCCCACCCCGUGUGUGUUUGUUUGUGUGUGUGCCGAGCGACAGCCUCAGCAAAAAAAAAAUUGCUGAUAAUUAUUAAUAUGAGGGUAAACAAACAAAACAAACGUAAUCCAGUCUCGUGUCAUUUACAUUAUCUUUCGUUUUUUUAUGAUUUUUUGUAAUAGCGGGCAGUAUUAACGAUACCUGUGCAUUGACAUUUGUAUAAAUAAUGUGACGUGUAGGUGUUGUGCUGUAUUAUGGUGCAAUUGUGAACCGUAGUUUUUUUUGUUGUUGCGGGGACUCGUGUCCAUGAUCUCGCUUCGCGUACUUUUAAAUAAUGUGUCCGGGGGGCAUGUUCAGGCUUGGUAGCUGUGAGCCGCGCGGUUUCGUCGUCUUCUCUGUGUCUAUACUGUGGCUUUUGCUCGAGAGCCCAUUGGAAGUCCCGCAACCGCUUUGUAUAGUGUAAAGUAAUUUUAUUAAGAGCAAUACGUUUUUGUCUGUUCCUAAAUUAGACUUAGUUGCUUUGCUUAGCAAACAAAACGCAAGGAACCACUCACACACGCUCGCACGCACGCACGCGCGCUUUUACGUCGGUACAAUUGUAGUUUGUGAGGUUGAUUUUUGUAAGACUUAUCUUGAAAAGAGAAGAGAGAGAUAUUAGGACAUUCCGUGAGGAUCUGCCUGGGCACCCUGCCCACUCACUUACUCGUGCUGUCUGAUGAUGUAUAUCGUAUUGUUUAACGCGCAUGAACUCGCAAUCGAUCUGCUCACUUUUUUUUGGCCGUCGGGCUAAAAAAAAAUAAUUCGUGUCAAAGGUGUGCUGUCAUUUUGCCAAUUUAUCUGUAUAUCAGAACAAAGAGGAAAAAAAAUAAAAGUCAGAUCUUGAGUCAUCAAACCGCUCGCCCUGUCC